UAUGGAUAUUAACUGCAAAAGAUACGACGAAACUUCCACUGUUAUUAUAAAAGACUUGAAACGAUUCCUUUUCCUAAAUGGCUUCAACCCAAGACUCCCAGCCUUUCCACUGGCACUACGCCGAGCUCGGAGACCAUGACUUCGAAAUCCGAGGCCGAACCCUCUUCUUCAUCGUCGUCCUCUUCGCCAUCCUCCUUAUUUUCACUCUUAUCUUCGUUUACGCCCGAUGGGUAUUUAGCUGCUACCGAGACACGCCCACUCCGACCUCCCACGCGCGUCCGCCUCCUCCGCUGCAGCCUCGAGGGCUUGACCCCGCUACCAUCAAUGCGUUGCCUAUAACUAUGGUCACGCGCGGGAGGGCGCUUGAGAGUGAGUGUUGUAUCUGUCUUGGAGUGUUUGAAGAUGGCCAGAAAGUUAAGGUUUUGCCUUCUUGUCAUCAUCCCUACCAUUCCGAGUGUGUAGAUAGGUGGCUCAGUGCUGAGUCAAGUUGCCCACUAUGUAGAGUUUCUCUCAGAGUUGAAUCAGGUCAGCUUCAUCAGAUUCCUGUCAUUGUAAGUCAAUGACAACAAAACAUAGAACAAAAAGAAAUAUUAAAAAAAAAAAACUAUACUUGUAAAUGACGUUGAUCUAUGUUGUAAAGCAUCUAUUUCCACUAAUUUGUUUUGAUUAUUGUAUUAUUUGUUCUUCUGUUUUGGAUUUUGAGUUGGUUUGUUGGGAGUGCUCUAAAUGGAAUGCCGUGUGCUUCAUGAAUUUGCUCAAUGAAUUAUUUGUUUUUUAGUAAUGGAUGAAUAUGGUUGGUCAUUUGUUGCCUUCUGGCCUUUUAAAUAAGGGUCGUUGUGAGUGGAGAAAUCAAAUUCAUGCUUUUUUUUUUCUUCUUCUUCUUCUCUUAUUGCAUAUU